CUUUCUUUCUUAUUCUCUCUGCUCUCACACCGUACGCCAUUUUUAGGGUUUUCGUGUUCCGAUCGGCGUGGCGGGUACCGGAAAGCAUACCUUGGAUCCGGAUUCGUCGUCGACCGAGCUUUAUUCGGUGCGCAGCUACCUCGGAUUUUGCCCGGGUUGCGCUUUCCCCCUCCGCCGGCGGUCCAGAUUUGGACUUGAAGUUCUCCAUGGAAUGCCGGCCGAUGAUGUGAUCUUAUUUGAGUUGUAUUAAGUGGGGAGGCAAACCUUAACCACUGUGGGUAGCUUCAUCAACGAUAGUGAGAUUGCAGUCAGCACAUCGGAUCUAUGCAUGGUUCCUUGUGGUCUAAGAAGGUGCAGUGUCUCCCCAAAUUGGACUUCUGCCUUGGGGAGCUAGUUGUCCUUGUGGUGGUACCUUUGGGCCUUCUUGGUAUCGAUGAUAGCUGAGAGCAUGCGUGGAAUCUGUGGUUCUGGUGAUGCCCCUGAUCAGACGCACGGCCGAUGCAUUCGGUGUGGUAACAAUCUGUCUUGUGGCUAUUGCUGCUUUUCUCGGCCUGCUCUGCAUCUAUCGUUUAGUCUACUUCCAGCUGAGGAUCCGAAGAAGAUGUUUUCUCCAGCUUAGUUACUUCAAUGGUCCCUGGCUGACUCGCAUUGCACUAAUUUUGGUGGCUGUCUGGUGGGGUUUUGGGGAAGUGGUCAGGCUAACCUUAUUGAAAGGGGAAGGAAGGCUCUUCUCUAGCUUAACAUGGCAGAAGGAUGUUUGCAAGUUCUACAUUGUAUCAAACCUAGGGUUCGCGGAACCCAGUGUGUUCCUCAUGCUUGGGUUUCUCCUACGUGCCUCCCUUCAAAGGAGAGAAACAGGCACACUAAGCCCUCGAUGGAACAGGAAGACAGUUGGUUACGUUCUCUUUUACUCCCUUCCAGUCUUUGUCAUGCAACUGGUCCUCAUUCUAAUUGGUCCUAAGUUUGUCAAGCCCAAGAGUAACCAUAGAUCAAAUUUGACCAAUUUCUUCUCCACCAGUGUUAUGAAUGAGCAAAUCAGUAUAUGCACCAAUCCCUUAGUGAGCACUAUGAUUCUGGGGCUUUUUCAUUCCUCCAUGAUCUGCUAUAUCUGCUACAUAGGAACCAAGGUAGUGUCACUGGUGAUCAAUAAGGGACUGAGGCUGAGGGUAUACAUUCUGGUUGCUUCAGUUAUCAUCUUCCUCCCUAUGAGAGUGCUCCUACUUGGGCUUUCCGUUCUCCCGCACCGAGGCCACCUUGUUUUUGAGACCAUGGUAUUUGCUGCCUUUGUUGUGCUAUUGGUUUGCAUCGUGGUUGGUGUUUGUAUGCUGGUCUAUUUUCCUGUGGCCGAUUCCCUGGCGUUGCAGGAUGUCGGGCACAUACGUAUGGAUGACAUGCCCUACGAUGACUACUACAGCGAUGGUGCUUCACUCAUUGCUAAUCAGAGCCACCAAGAGACGGGCAGGAACUCAGAUGCAUCUGCCAGGCAUGGCUCAAUAUCCUUCCGUGGCGUUCUCAAAGAUGAGCCCUCAGCAUCGGGUAGUGUCGAUGUCAGCUUCUUCCCUUCCAACAGCCUUCACAUCGGCACACCCUUGGCUCCUUCACAACCCUCUGUCAAGCCUAUGGUUCCUCUAAGUGAAGUUCUCAUAUACUAACUCAUAAGCCUUUUGCUGAGCUGACAAAGAGGUUGCUGACUUAAAAUAACAGUGCAUCCACCUUGAGUAUAGCUGUCAACAGGCUUUGCCUCAUUUGCUGCUGCUUUUACAUCCAAGGAUGAAGCCAAUUAACAUGGCUUGGCACUUGGCAGGAUUGAAACAUACCCCACUCCACCCCCAGGUGAGCUGUUUGCAGGCUUUCUCUUUAUUAAUUUUACCCCAAAACUAAUCUCUAUCUUCAUCUAUUCUCACUGUCAGCAUUGUUGGAUCCACAUUGCCCUUCACAUGCCAACUUGUUUAUAUAGCUUUUGCCUGCUUUUUUUAGUCUUAUAUUUAUGAUUUGACCUGGACCAUUUUCU